GCGGCGGCGGCGGCGGCGGCGGCGGCGGCAGAAGAAGAAGAAGAAGAAGCAGCAGGCAGGCGCGUGGGCGGCAUCUGGGCGGGCGUAGAGUCGGCGCAUCUGCAGCAGCCCUUCCGACGGAGCGACAGACGGACGCGGGAUGGAGGCGGCCGUCCCAACGGAGCAGGGCAAGAAGAAGAUAACCUGUUCGCUUCUCGCUGCUGUGUCUGUGGCAGCGAUCGGAUCCCUCCAGUUUGGGUACAACACUGGAGUCAUCAAUGCUCCUGAGGAGAUCAUCAAGGGCUUUUUCAAUGACACAUCACUGAAGCGGACGGGAGACUACAUCUCAGAGGGACUCCUGACCGCUCUGUGGUCCCUUUCAGUGGCCAUUUUCUCAGUCGGAGGCAUGAUUGGCUCUUUCUCUGUCGGGUUUCUUGUCAACCGAUUUGGCAGGAGAAAUUCCAUGCUGCUGGUGAACGUUCUGGCCAUCAUGGCUGGCAUCUUGAUGGGCUUCUGCAAGCUGGCCGGGGCAGUGGAGAUGUUGAUCAUCGGGCGGUUCAUCGUCGGGGUCUUUUGUGGCUUUUGCACUGGCUUGGUGCCCAUGUACAUCAGUGAAGUCUCCCCAACUGCCUUGCGGGGGGCUUUUGGCACCCUGAACCAGCUGGGCAUCGUGGUGGGCAUCCUGGUGGCCCAGAUCUUUGGCCUGGAUGUCAUCCUGGGGACAGAAGAACUCUGGCCGGUCUUGCUGGGGUUCACCAUCCUCCCAGCCCUCCUGCAGCUGGUGACCCUCCCCUUCUGUCCCGAGAGCCCCCGUUUCCUGCUGAUCAACAAGAUGGAGGAAGAGAAGGCCAUCAGAGUGCUCCAGAGCCUGCGUGGCGUCCAGGAUGUGUCCAGCGACAUCCAGGAGAUGAAAGAGGAGAGCGCCAAGAUGUCCCAGGAGAAGAAAGUCACCAUCCCAGAACUCUUCCGCUCCCCGAGUUACCGCCAGGCCAUCCUCAUCGCCAUUGCCUUGCAACUCUCGCAGCAACUCUCGGGCAUUAACGCGGUGUUCUACUAUUCCACUGGGAUCUUCAAAGAUGCCGGAGUGAAGCAGCCAGUUUACGCCACCAUCGGGGCCGGCGUGGUCAAUACCGUCUUUACUGUAGUGUCGCUCUUCCUUGUGGAGCGGGCGGGACGUCGGACCCUCCACCUGGUUGGCUUAGGGGGCAUGGCUGUCUGCGCGACCAUCAUGACCGUGUCCUUGGCACUGAAGAACAUCCUGACUUGGAUCAGCUACGUCAGUAUUUUUGGCACUUUUGCCUUUGUGGCUCUCUUUGAAAUUGGACCUGGACCGAUCCCGUGGUUCAUUGUGUCUGAACUCUUCAGCCAGGGCCCUCGUCCUGCAGCCGUGGCAGUGGCUGGUUUCUGCAACUGGGCCUCCAACUUCUUGGUGGGCAUGCUCUUUCCCUAUGCAGAGAAAUUAUGUGGCCCUUACGUUUUCUUGAUCUUCGUAGCUUUCCUUCUUUUCUUCUUCUUCUUCACCAUCUUCAAAGUCCCCGAGACAAAAGGCAGGACUUUUGAAGACAUCUCCAGUGAGUUUGAGAGGCAAACCGUGAAUGGGCUUGCUCCAGCAACUGGCAACAAGACCGCCGUGGUGGAAUUAACUAGCAUUCAGCCUAAGGAAGAUGUCUAACCCCACCCCCAUCCUGGCUUGUCUCUGAAAGGAGCGCUCCCUUUGUACCCGUUGCCGUUUCUUCAUGUCCCCUGUGACUUCUGGUUCUUGCCAUGGCUUCAGUGCUCCACUAGGACAAGAAGAAGGCGGCCGUUUGUCCUGCCUUCCUUCUUCCUGCCACGUACCUCUGGAGGACUGAGGAAUGGCUCCGAGCUCCUGGAAUGCUUGUUAUGUUAUAUGGAGGCUAAACCGUUUUUGUGGUUGGUCGUUCAUGUCUUUGAGGCCAGUUCCUUGUCUGUCCGUCAGUUAACCAUCCCUUCCUACCGAUGUUUUGCAGUGUUUUCUACAGGGUGAAGUGCAGCUCACUGGAAUUUACUUUAACAAGGGCAAGAGACAUUUUGCUCCACUUUUGUCAAAUGGGGGAUUUCUUCUAUGUUUGGGAAAUUAAGAUCAGAACUACUUUUUUAUUUACUAGACUUAAUUUAUUCCUUGUAUCACUUUGCUUGGAAAUAUUUAUUUUUAUGCAACACUCCUCUGAGUAUAAGGACAAGAAAGAAGCAUAAGUUGACUUUUUUCUUUAAAAACAAAAAACAAAACAAAAACCAAAAAAACCCAGUGAUGGUUGGUGGGAUCCCAAAGAGACCAGGGUUGGGUGAUGAGCGUGGAGAGCGCCAGGGGACCCCCCACCACCACUUAUCAUGCUGAAAAGCAUCCCCUUGUGGUUGCUUGAAGGGGGGGCGGAAGUUAAAGGCAUCACGUGGGGAACACAAGCGGAGCCAGUCUGCUUGGGACCUGCUCUUCUCCCUGGGGAGAACCCAAGGAUGGGGAGGGGAGCCUUGGGGUUUGCGCCCCUUCCAUAAAAGCCUCCUUCAGCUGGGCAUGGGUGCCAGGGAGUCAGCUGGCUCUCUGCCCAGGAGGACUUGCCUGGGGGUAUCGAGGGGGCUCCUGGGUGGGGCCUGAGGCAUGGAAGAGGCCAUGGCUGGGCUACCUUCUGGGACCUCGGAGGGCAUCUUAAAGGGGCAAAGUUUUAAUGGCACAGCUGCAGCUGCCAUUUUGACUUCUUUGCCCCCCCCCCCGACAUCCCUGGAGUAGUCAUUUGUCUUAUAAAGAAGGCAAUACAGAGUAUUUUUAAUUCCCCAGAUGUUUUUGACCAACCAAUUCUGGUGACUGAUUUAAUUUCCUCCUUUAUGAUAUGAUUACAUAAAAAAAAAUCAGAUGUUAUUUGCUUAAAUGUAUUUUUGCAAUGUUUUGUUGUUAGAUGACUCAAAAGUGAAAUUUUGAGGAUGAAGAAUAGGCAGCUAAGACUCAGAUGAAGGAAUUUAAGAGACCAAAGCUACUAAAUAAAAGAAGAAAACUAUAGUUUUCCCCCUGAUCUAUUUAUUUAUUGGAAAGAAUGUAAAUAGUUACAGUCUAGCUUUACGGUAUAUAUUUAUAUAAUGCAAAGAGACUUUGCUACGGGGUGAAAUAUAAAAUUUGUUACUACUGGUUCUGUGGACGUGGCUUGGGGGGAGAUAAUGUGACUGGGUGGGCGUGGCCAAAUUUAUUUUUUUACUUUUAAAAGCUUUUUUUUACAGCCUCUUCAGCAGAAGAGCUUGUGAAAAAAAUGCUUUGAAAAGAUUCUGACGAUCCCAGCUGAGCUGUGCGAUCAUCAGAGGCUUUUUUUUUUACUUUUAAAAGCAUUUUUAAAAUGCUUUUAAAAGUAAAAAAAACCUCUGAUAAUCGCGCGGUUCAGCCGGCUUAUGGGGGGUGGGGAGAGGGAUUUUUGCUACCGGUUCUCUGAACCACGUGCCGCCAUCGCUACCGGAUCGGGCGAUCUGGUCCGAACCGGGAGCAUUUCACCCCUGCUUUGCUGGUUGCUCUUUCUAUGGCCAGGGGACAAAGUAUGGACUUAGGAGCUACCGGGGUGGAGCAAACUUCCCUCGGUGGAGUGAAUGGACCCUUCUUGCCCCCCACCCCCAAUGACCCUGCUGGGAUGCUGCUUCUCCAGGAUGGUCACGGAAGUCCUGGCCAGAGAAGGGCCAGUCACCUCCAGUGGAAUCUCUCUGCUUGGAGGGUUGUUGGGCAGCUGCCUGGCUGUGAGAAUGAGGCUAGAGGAUGCUGCGCAAAAGUUGUGAUCUUCCUGGAUGUGUCUGUGUGUGGUUUAAUUGGAAGCUGGCAAAAGGGAGAGAUGGGCAGGGGACCAUGGUUUCUGGAGUGUGGCUUGGCUCCCCGUCUAAACUUGGAAUAGUUUGCAUUCUCAACCAUCUUCCACCCUCAUCUUCCUUCGAAAAUCUCCAUCCUCAUCCCCACCCUGCCUUGUUUAUCUGAUUUUUAAAAAAUCCUUAUUUAGUCCACUGAAAGCUCUCUUCCAACAGAGACACUAUGGGAAUGCAAAGUAUUCCACAUUUGGAGUAUGUAAGUUGUGUCUUCUUGUGUGGUGAAGAUUUCCACGGAGUUUUAUAAAUGUUACCGUGAAUGUGUCAUUUUUUACAAAAUAAAAAUAAAAUAAAAUGAAACUUUUGGUUGGAUAUGGGCCUCUCUCUCUCUCUUUAUUGGUCCAAAUCUAACUUUCUCCCUCAUUCCUACAUUUGUAACAAACCUAUUUUUGGGAAGGCUAAGGCUUUUUGCUGCUGGUUAAAAUCUGUCCACGUCAAUAUGGCCCCACUCAGGGUAGGGGGCCUUCGCCAGAGCCCCCCACUCCCUGCAGCUCUCUGCCUUUCCUUCCAUUAGUACCCCGAAAGGGCAGCAGAUCCAUCCCCUCCUUCUUUUCCCCUUGUCUGUUUCGGUUGUCUGAACAGCCCCAGCUGGCAGGAUGAAGGUCAGCAAAGAGGAGAAAGAGAAGGAGGCCAUUGCUCUGCAUACUUUAGAAAGGAAAAGAGGACUGGGAGAUUCAUGGCUUCCUAACUGCCAGACUUGGCCAACACAACACAACACAGGGCCCCGGAGUUUUGUUUAGAAGCGAAGAGUCACUGGGCAUUUCCCCCUCCCCCCAAACCCCAUGGGAGAAAAGAGUGGGGAGAGGGCUCCGUGUUCGCAUCUCUCUCUGGAUCUGGGCCAUCAGAUGGGCGGUUUCCAGGCCCCCCUUCCCCAGAUGAGACCCACCGCUCCACACCAAGGACGGACUAAGCUCCCCAACCGGGCCUGUGCCUUUUCAACAAAAGUUAUCUCUCUUUCAACUGCCAUUUUCCAAUCAUGGGAAUCGAGUCUCUGUUCUGUGCAUUUAAUGGUAUCUGCUUUCUAGAUUUUUUAUUUAUUUAUUUACAUUUAUAUCCCGCCCUUCUCCGAAGACUCAGGGCGGCUUACAGUGUGUAAGGCAAUAGUCUCAUUCUAUUUGUAUAUUUUUUACAAAGUCAACUUAUUGCCCCCCCAACAAUCUGGGUCCUCAUUUUACCUACCUUAUAAAGGAUGGAAGGCUGAGUCAACCUUGGGCCUGGUGGGAUUCGAGCCUGCAGUAAUUGCAGGCUGCUAUAUUUUAAUAACAGGCUAUCUUACAGCCUGAGCCACCACGGAAGUUUUAAUCUCCUUUUGUUUAAUCAAGGGUAUUCUGAGCUUCCCAGCAAUGUUUAUUCGGAUUUUUCACCAAGUUUUUCAUGAGAGCCCCGUCCCCACCUCAAAAAGCAAGGCAGAAGUUUUAUUUAGGACGGUUCCUCGGGAAGUCACCUCCAGCAUCCAGCGAGUUCGGUUGGGAGCCUUUGACGGGGCCUUGAAGGGAGCCAGCCAGACAAGGAGGCAGCAGAGAUGGCGGGAUGGUUGGGGAGGCACCACUGAAGACCCCAGCAGGAGGAGGAGCUCACAGAACCGGGAAGGAGGGUGCUGCCAACAAGCAGGAUAGCACAGAAAAGGAGCCGAGUUGGAAAAGACAGCUGGGGGAUGGGGGGGCUCAUGGAGUGGAGAAUUGAGAGGAGUCCCUGGUUCUUUGGGAAUACGGGCACAAUCUGGCGUCCACACAACAAGCUUAACCAGGUCGAUGGAAGAUCCCUUGGUCUGCAUUCGCAUCCCUUUUAUUACAUUUAUUUUUAUGCCUUUAUUAUUUUGAUAACUUAAGGCAGCAUCCCUCUUGCUAUUUUCCUCACAACAGCCGCCCUGUGAGGUGGGUUGGGCCGAGAGAGAGCGAUGACCCAUGGCCACCCAGUUGGAAGGACCCUGGAAAUGGGUGGGAAGCGGGGUGAAAUGCUCCCGGUUGCAAUGGUGAUGGGUGGUUCAGAGAACCGGUAGCAAAAAUCCCUGCCCACCCCCCAAUUCCCAGCUGAGCCAUGCGAUUGUCAGAGCCUCUUUUUUUUUAACCUUUAAAAGCAUUUUUUAAAAGGUAAAAAAGCUGAAGUCUGCUAAGCAAAAAAUGGGGGGUGUAGGCAAAAAAUGGGGUGGGUGGGGGGUUCGUUUGAGAGAGAGAGAGAGGAAGGAAGGAAGGAAGGAAGGAAGGAAGGAAGGAAGGAAGGAAGGAGGGAGGAAAAAGGAGAGGAAGGAAGGAUUACAAAUCUGGCACUAGAUGCAGCUUCAGAGGAUAAUCCAGGGCUGGAAGGGACCUGGAGGUCAUCUAGUCCAACCCUGCUCCAGCAGGACAUUCCUAGUGAGUUUCUGUCUUUUGAUCCCCCAGUCACACAGCCACGCCCACCCAGUCACAUGACCCCCACCCAGCCACGCCCACAGGUUCCUUCCGUUAGGAAAGGAAUUUAGAUUUCCGCACUGGUGGGAAGGCAGCCGCAGGGUUGCAGCCUCCACGCCUGGGAAUGCCUUCACCCUCCACCCAGCUGAUCCUGCCAGAUAACAGGUUCCUUGUGUGGGAGGACGGAGGGAGGCUAGGCGUCACUAGGGGCCAGCCUCUUCACCAGGCUACCGAGGGGGGGCGGGACAUCUUUGGAGCUCCUUUUCCUGCCCAGAGCAACCAUGACGGGAGGGGAAGACGACCCAGAGAGUGGUCAGUUACAAAGCAAGACGUUUAAUGAGGAUGCCCGACACGUGCAUCAGAAAAUUACACCUGUCAGUGUGAAAUGGUGGAGGAAAAAUAGGAGGACAAAGCCAGGAUCGCAGAGCCAGAUGACUUUUUCCAUACUAGAAUGCACAAUUUUUUUUGUAAAUAAAGAAUUUCUAUAUAAUCCCUAGAAUUUAAAUUUAGAAUUCUUUCCACAAAUGUAAACAUUUCACAUGUUUUAAACAAAGUACAGCUAAGAUGAAUUGUAUUUUUGCCAAUCUGGACAACGCUUCUGUUACAGUCUACUUGUGAUAAAAAAUAAAACGGUGUUAUAACUAUUUUUCAUUUGUUAUGGUACUUUGCGUCGUGAGAAAAUUAGAUUUCAAAACAUUGGAGUGUAGGUUUGCUCUUAUUUUAUUUUUAAAAGGUGUCACACACAAUCAUUGGCAAGAGUGAAUUUCUAACAUGCUUUUCUUUGACCUUUUUCACACUGGCUUUGUUUUAUUUUAUUUUGCUCCUGGAGGAAGUCCCCCUCCACUUUCAUCAACUCUGACUUUGUAUA